AGGAAAUCUCACUCCCUCAGAGGGCAGAGCCUCCUCUCCACAUUGCUGCCUGACUGUAGAACCUGGACAAUAUGAAACAGAAUAGAGAUACUACGAAAUCAAGCUGAGACAAGGAGUAUCCCAUUAUCUGCUGAGUCCUGGGAUACCAACCCCAAAUCAAUGCCUAUUGAUUCACACCAGAUUUUCUUCAGUUCUUCUGAGUGGUGAAAAAUUGUGGGCUGUGGAAGAGUAAGCUAUGCCUCUGUCCAGACCCUGCUCUCCUUUCUGUGAUCCACAUUCACCUGAGACUGAUUCCUCCCUUAUCUUAUUCCAGCCCUGCCCCCUUUCCUCAACCAUGUGAUCUGAGACCCCCCUUGGAUAGAUUAUUAACUCUCUUCAUUGUAUACCUUUUUUCCUUAGUAUCUUUUCCCUCGGCACUUUGUUCCUAUAUUUGUUCCUCUUCUAUGAAAUCUUCACUAAAUUCUUAAGCCUUUUACAAGAACCUUGAUUUCUUCUGCCAAGAAAGUAGGUAGCAUGCUACAUCAGAAAAAUACUUGGACCUCUCUGUCCAUUACCAUGCUAACAUUCCUGAUUUUGAAACCAUCGAAAUCAAAUUGUUUAGCCAACGUGAAGCCAAAUAUUGUUCUUUUACUAGCAGAUGAUCUUGGUAUUGGAGACAUAGGUUGCUAUGGUAACAAUACAAUAAGGACACCAAAUAUUGACAGGCUUGCAAAAGAAGGGGUAAAAUUUACUCAGCACAUAGCUGCAGCUUCCGUUUGUACCCCCAGCAGAGCUGCUUUCUUAACUGGAAGAUACCCUAUUCGAUCAGGCAUGACUUCUUAUAAUGGCCUUCCUGUUCUUCAAUGGACUGCAACAUCGGGAGGCCUCCCUUCCAAUGAAACAACCUUUGCAAAGAUAUUACAAAAAGAAGGCUAUACUACUGGACUAAUAGGAAAAUGGCACUUGGGACUCAAUUGUGAAUCCAGAAUUGACCACUGUCAUCAUCCAUUGAACCAUGGUUUUGACUUUUUUUAUGGAAUGCCGUUUUCCUUAAUGGGUGAUUGUGAAUAUUCUGUAUUAUCUGAGAAGCGUGAAAAACUGGAGAUGAAACUUAACUUUUACAUUCAGAUCAUAGUCCUAUCUAUAUUCACAUUUACCAUUGGUAGGUUCACUGGUCUAUUUCCAGUUCCAUGGAAGAUAACCAUAGGCAUUGCCAUCAUUGGUUUCUUAUUUUUCCUGACACAGCACUUCCUUUAUAUCUUGAUUAAGUAUGGGGACUGUUUCCUGAUGCGAAACCAUACUAUUACUGAACAACCAAUGAAUUUCAAAAGAACUACUUACCUCAUUCUGAAAGAAGCACUUUCAUUUAUUGAAAGGAACAAGCAUGGGCCUUUCCUUCUCGUCAUUUCCUUCUUACAUGUGCACACACCACUUGUUACUACAGAGAAGUUUCUCCAAAGGAGCAAACAUGGAUUAUAUGGUGAUAAUGUAGAGGAGAUGGACUGGAUGGUGGGUGAAGUGCUUGAGACUUUAAACAAUGAAGGUUUGACCAAAAGUACGCUAGUUUAUUUUACUUCUGACAAUGGUGGGUCCUUAGAGUCUCAAAUAGGAAGUGAACAGCAUGGUGGCUGGAAUGGAAUAUAUAAAGGAGGCAAAGGCAUGGGAGGCUGGGAUGGUGGCAUUCGAGUCCCAGGAAUAUUGCGGUGGCCUGGAGUCUUACCAGCAGGUCGUGUGAUUGAUGACCCAACAAGCCUGAUGGAUAUCUACCCAACAGUGGCUCAUUUGGGAGGGGGUGAAGUGCCCCAAGAUAGAGUGAUUGACGGCAGAGACCUGAUGCCUUUGCUGCAGGGAGAAGUUCAGCAAUCAGAUCAUGAGUUCAUGUUUCAUUAUUGUCUAUCAUAUUUACAUGCAGUUCGUUGGCAUCAAAAGAACAGUGGUAUAGUGUGGAAAGUACAUUAUAUGACCCCAAUAUUCCACCCAGAGGGUUCUGGUGCCUGCUAUGGAAGAGGAGUUUGCCCCUGUUUUGGAAAGGGUGUAAUUCACCAUGACCCACCUUUGUUGUUUGAUCUUUCAAAGGAUCCAUCGGAGACUCACCCCCUUUCACCUGACACUGAGCCCUUAUUUGCAUUAAUAAUUGAAAAAGUAGAACAUGCUGUACAAGAACAUCGGGCAACACUGACACCAGUUUCGGAGCAGCUCAGCACUUUUAAUAAUAUAUGGAAACCAUGGCUUCAGCCAUGUUGUGGCACAUUCCCAUUGUGUUGGUGUGAUUGGGAAGAGGACCAUAAAUAAGAGAAUUUUGAGAACAUACAAGUUACAAAAAUCCCUGAUUCUUCACAUGGGAUGCAUAUGGAGAACCACUGUAAAAUUACCUAUGUAAAAUGUGAUAUCCAAAAUAAAAUGCAGUAUGUUUAAAAUACACACUAAUUAAAUUCUUAGGACUAUAAAACUUAUAACAUUGCAAAGCACCAAAUCCCAUAGAACAAAAAAUCAGAAAACAAAUACGAGAAAUAACAAAAUAAAAACAAGUUAAAAAAAAAAAAAAAAAACCUUCUCUUUAUACUUCUAAAGGCUAGGGCAGGGCCAACAAGUCUGCCCCUAGUCUCUAGAGCCAGAAAAAGCUUUUCAUUGUUUAUAACAGUCUACAUUCUCUGUUGAUUAUUUCCAAUUUAUUUUGUUUGUAUACAGUUGUUUUCAUAUUAUUUUCCCCAUUUAGACUGUGAGCUCCUUGGGAGCAAGAACUGGCUUUUAAGUUGGUUGGGCUUUGUUUUUUUGCUUUUUGCACCCUAGAAUCCAGCAAAAUGCCUGGCAUUUUGUAUUCACUUAAUAAAUUCUUGCUGACUCAGUGA